AUGACGAUUUUGCUUACAUGCACUCAUUUUGAUGAAUAAUAAACUUUAAAUUUUUUUAGGUUCUUUUAAAUGGAAUUAGAUUUUUUGUCCAGCACUUUUAAAAUACAAAAUAUUCAUCUUAAUUUUUCUUGAUUUUUCUUGAUUUUUAAAAUAGAAAUAAAACUUUUAACUAAAUAAUUAGUAUCUCAUUUAAUAAAGACGGUUUUCGUCAUUAUUGGAGAGUUAAGACUCUUAAAUGCAUUUUCUUUGCUGCAUUUUCUUCGUAUUUGAUUUCUGGAGCAAUUGAUACCUUUUGCAUUACACUGAAUGUGACUUGAGCUUCAGUUUUUGUUGCUGAUAUUAGCUGUGCAUUAUUCUUCCAAGAAUUGAGAGAUCUGAGUAAAUUGUAUUUAACUGCGUGGGUUAAGUUUGUAAGCAAAUCUUUGAUUGUCUUUGAGUGAUCAAUAAAUUCAAGCUGAGUUGUAGGCUUAUAAAAAUGAUUAGUGAACCAACCUGCCCAAUUAACACCUGUAGCCAGACAGGGUCUAGGAAUAUUGUGGAAGGAGAGCAGCGUGCGUUAAAUGUGCCAGCCGGGUUUUAUUUGGCCUGGUAGCGUAAUGCCUGGCUUCCGACCGCAAGCUCACAUCCGGGGAUAAGUUUUUGCCAAGAGAAAGGUUAGAAUUUGAAUAGGUAUAGCCUAGAAAGGCCAGAGAGCGUUUUCUUGACCAUCAGGUAUUUUCCCAGCGCGAUACAGGAGUUACAACAUGGGCUACGGUUUCAUCUCAGUCGACAUCCUGACUCGAAUUACUUUUCAAAUUUUCCAGAACAGUUAAUUCUGUUGACUUAUGGCACGGCGACCCAGUAUCUUUACCUCUAGAUUACUAGAGCAAGCCCUCAUUCAGAAGGAGCAAUACACGCCUUUAACUGUGGAACCGGACUGGCAAGCAAGAUGGUGCAGCGAAUUAAUGGGCAUAAAACUUCUACAUGGCUAGCCGAUAAUACUUGAUAAAAAUUUAACUUAAGUAGGCUUAUUUAAAAUUUCAAACGCUGGCCUAUUUCUUGGCGCUGAUCUAACUUUAACUGCCUUUGUCUUUCUUUUUGCAAUAGCAGUAGUUUUCUUAUGAUGGUUAAUUUUCCAUCUAUUAAUAACCUUUUGCAGAUUCCCUCUGAAAAUUCUUGCCAAUUUGACUACACUCUUUUUCAUAAUUUCUUUUUGGUCUUGAGUCAGCUCUUUUAUUUCCUCAAUCAUUGCAAUUGGUUUUGCUAACACUUUUUCACUAUAUUUCUCAUAA